UGUCGAUUGUCGCGCGCGGCCGCGGAUGCGGCACACCGGGUGGUAGAGGCGCAUGCGCUCGCCGGAACCGCGCUCCGAUUGGUCGUCGCCACAUGGUCUGAUGUCAGACCACAGAACUGUGCGAUUCAAUAAUAAGAUGCUGGUGAGCUAGAUGCUAGCCAGUCCUCACUCCUCAGUUCAAUCGUCCGACUUCCCGAUUGCCACUCUGGAGAGCGAGAGCCACUCGCGCCAUACUCCACUCGAGGUGAACGAGCCAGUCCCGCGAGGAAGAGAGCCUCGCGCGGUGAUUCGAAAAAUUGACGGCGCAGCGAGGAACGCCUGCAGUCUUUUGCUCCGCUCCAAUUUUUCCCGGGAUUGCUUAUAUGCGAGAGCUUGGGCCAGAUAGGGAUCCACAAAGAAAGAAACUUCUUCGGCAAGAUGCCUGCUCAGUUUGAAAGUGUCAACAGUCCUGUGACGCGGGAGUCCGUGAUCGGAAAUGGAGUAUCAUAUUCCGUCGAUAGUGACAUCGUUAUUACGGGCAUAUCAGGCCGUCUACCCGAGUCAUCGAAUAUCGAGGAGUUUAAGGAGAAUCUGAUGAAAGAAAUGGACAUGAUCACUGAUGACGAUCGUCGUUGGUCAGCGGGGCUCCACGGGCUACCGCUCAGAUCUGGUAAAAUCAAGGACCUGAGCAGCUUUGACGCGUCUUUUUUCGGGGUACAUCCGAAGCAGGCACACGUAAUGGACCCGCAGCUUCGCAUGAUGUUAGAAGUCACGUACGAGGCGAUAGUUGACGCUGGCGUCAAUCCCUCGACCGUUAGAGGAUCGCGUACCGGUGUAUUCAUCGGUGUCUCUAGCUCGGAAACGGAUGAAUUUUGGACGAAAGAUGCGGACAUCAUAAACGGAUACGGACUGCUCGGUUGUUGCAGAGCGAUGUUCGCCAACAGAAUCUCCUACUGUUUUGACUUCAAUGGACCUAGCUACGCGAUAGACACGGCUUGUUCGUCGAGCAUGUGCGGCGUGCAUCAGGCAGUCGCUGCAAUGCGCGCCGGCGAGUGUGACGCUGCAAUCAUCGGUGGAGUGAAUCUCUUGUUAAAACCGAACUGCUCGCUUCAAUUUCACAGACUAGGUAUGCUGUCUCAGGAUGGAAAGUGCAAAGCAUUUGACGCUUCGGGUGACGGUUACGUGAGGGCCGAGGCGGUAGUGGCGAUAUAUUUGCAGAAAGCGAAGGAUGCCCGCAGAGUGUACGCCACGAUGAUUCACACGAAAGCAAACACCGACGGCUACAAAUCCCAAGGUAUCACGUAUCCGAACGGUGAGAUGCAAAAUCGAUUGAUGCGCGAGAUGUAUAACGAGGCGGGAAUUAAUCCCGCGGACGUGAGUUACGUGGAGAGCCAUGGUACUGGUACCAAAGUAGGCGAUCCAGAGGAGAUCAAUUCCAUCGACAAGUUAUUCUGCAAAGGCAGGAAGACUCCCUUGCUGAUUGGCUCGGUAAAAUCCAACAUGGGUCACUCGGAACCGGCCAGCGGAUUGUGCUCGAUCGCCAAGGUGUUGAUUGCGAUGGAAGCGGGCGUGAUACCCGCGAAUUUGCACUUCAAUACUCCGAAUUCGAACAUUCCUGCUUUGAUCGAAGGGCGCAUUCGAGUGGUCGACAAGGUCACACCGUGGAACGGUGGUCUCGUGGGCAUCAACUCGUUCGGCUUCGGCGGCGCAAAUGUGCACAUCAUUCUGCGCAGCAAUCCAAAACCAAAAUUAUCACCGUUAUUGAACGUCACCGAGCUGUUGCCCAAAUUGGUUGCUGUAUCCGGUCGAACGGAAGAAGCUGUGCACACCUUAUUGGAUCAAGUAAAAGAGCAUCGUAAAGACGACGAGUUUCUCUCAUUGUUACACGUAGUGCACAAUAACGACAUUCCCGGCCAUCAUAUUCGCGGCUACGAGAUACUUAAUAUUGAUGGUACACGUGAAAUGACCGAGGUAGCGAGUUAUAACGAGAGGCGCCCCAUUUGGUUCGUAUUUUCCGGCAUGGGCACGCAAUGGCCGGGCAUGGCUCGUCAGCUGUUUGGCAUUGAAACUUUUCAACGUAGUUUGCGACGAUGCGCGGAUGCGCUGGCGCCUCACGGUAUCGACCUCAUGAACAUCAUCAUAAAUGCCACGGACGAUACGUACGAGAAUGUGAUGGAUUCCUUCGUGUCUAUCGCGGCGGUGCAGGUUGCCCUGGUCGACGUUUUAACGUCGAUAGGCAUACAUCCGGACGGCAUAAUCGGACACUCCGUUGGAGAAUUGGGUUGUGCUUAUGCUGACGGCGCAUUUACACCGGAGCAGACUGUCUUAGCGGCUUACUGUAGAGGUAAGGCAAUUAUAGAUUCCAAGCUGGAACGGGGCGCCAUGGCGGCAGUUGGCUUGAGCUGGGAGGAGACCAAAAAGAUGUGCCCAUCCGAUAUCACUCCAGCUUGCCACAACUCCGCGGACUCGGUCACUAUCUCCGGUCCGGCAGAGUCUAUGCAAAAGUUCGUAGAAACGCUGAAAAGCAAAGAUAUCUUCGCCAAGCUGGUGAAAAGUUCCGGCUUCGCCUUCCACAGCAAAUAUAUCUCCUCAGCAGGACCUAAGCUACGCGCUUCGCUCGAAAAGAUCAUACCGAACCCGAAGCAGAGGUCGGCUAAAUGGAUUUCCACUUCCGUACCCGAAGCUGCAUGGGGCAGUCCGCUCGCGCAGUUUAGCUCGUCCGCGUAUCACGUAAACAAUUUGCUGUCUCCUGUCCUCUUCCAGGAGGGGCUCGCGCAUGUUCCAGAGAACGCGGUAACAAUCGAGAUCGCGCCGCAUUGUCUGCUGCAGGCAAUUUUACGCAGAUCGUUACCGUCAACGGUGACCAAUAUCAGCCUCCACAAGCGGGACCAUUCGGACAACCUGGCUUUCCUGCUGUCUAACGUGGGCAAGCUGUACAUGGCCGGGGCGCAACCUGACAUCUCCAAAUUGUAUCCGCCAAUCAGUUUUCCCGUCGGUCGCGGAACACCGAUGAUCGGGUCUCUAGUCAAGUGGGAUCACUCUGUCGCGUGGGAUGUAGCUACUUUCAACCAGAUAUCGGGCCACUCGGGAGAGUGUGUCGUCCAAGUAGAUUUGUCGAAAGAAACGGACGCGUAUCUAGCAGGACACCAGAUAGAUGGUAGAGUCCUUUUCCCAGCUACUGGCUACAUUCUGUUGGUGUGGAAAACAUUGGCGAAAUUACGCGGCACCGACUUUGAACGAUUGCCGGUGGUGUUCGAGAAUGUGCGUUUUCAGCGUGCCACCAUCAUGCCGAAAGAGGGAACGGUGAAAUUCUCGAUAACCAUCUUCCAGGGAACGGGCGAUUUUGAAAUCUGCGAGGCCGAUACAGUCGUCGUCAGCGGUAACAUCCACGUAUCCGAGACUAUCGAGAAAGAUCAGCUGAAGCUGCCGCCACCGCCAAUGCCGCCUAACGACGAGGAGACUUUGCCGUUGAACACUAAGGACAUUUACAAGGAGCUGAGGCUGCGCGGAUACGAGUAUCGCGAUAUCUUCCAAGGAAUCAAAUCUUGCGAUAACUACGGCACUGCUGGCGAACUUUGCUGGUUCGACCAAUGGGUUUCGUACAUAGAUACUAUGCUUCAGUUCACCAUACUAUCCACCAGCCACAAGCUACUGUAUUUACCGUCGCGUCUGCAGUACGCCGCAAUUGACCCUGUUCUUCAUAAACGACUGGUGGAAGAAUUACCAGAGAAUGGUGGGUUGCCGGUAUAUCACUACAAGAACAUUGAUAUUGUUAAAUCGGGUGGUAUCGAGCUCAGAGGAUUGAAAUCUUCCUUGGCACCUCGACGACAGCAGACUCAAGCUGAUCCUAAACAUGAACGAUAUACUUUCAUGCCCUAUGAAAAUUCGCACAGUCUGGUAGAGGAUCCAAUGAGAGGAAAGGCGCACGCGCUCACUGUGCUCUUGCAAAUCAUGUGUGAGAACAUGAUGGCACUGAAAUUGAAGACCGUGGAAGUUGCAGGCGAACGAGCUGCGGAAGCCCUCUUAGCGCCGCUUAUGUUGGACAUUUUCCAUAACCAACUGGGCUCGCCUGACAUUGAUUUACAAGUGAUUGCAGUUUCUCCCGACAAUUACACGGCGAGCUUGAGUCAAAUGAAUGUGAACGCUGAUGUUGUCAAACGAGACGUCAACAACGCACCCCCCGCUCAGAAUGUGCACCUCGUCAUAGCGGCGGACGUCCUGUCCAAUCGAUCUUAUAUUGUUCUCAAAAACUUGGCGGCUGCCUUAAAACCUGGUUGUUUCAUUCUUCUGGAGGAGACCACUAAGCAACUGGAUUUGAAGACCGUAUUGAAGGAAACUGAUCUAACAUUGGCCGGAAAACAAAUCGAUCCCAUAGGAAAGACGUACUUAUUGCUGAAGAAGCGGGAGACAAAAAGAGAACCGAUAGUAAUAGAAAUCACAGAGAAAAAUCUCUCGUGGUUGGAAGGUGUAAAAGCAGCACUGAAGAAAUCUGACAGCGAAGAUCAAGAAGUGCUUCUUGUAUCCCAGGGAGAAGAAACGCUUGGCUUGGCCGGACUCAUGACUUGCAUACGACGCGAGGUAGGCGGUGCAAAUGCGCGCUAUGUCUUCAUCCAGGACAAGAACGCUCCAAAGUUCGGCUUAUCCGUGCGGUUUUACGUGGAACAAUUGGACAAAGGAUUGAUGGCCAACGUGCUAAAAGGAGGACAAUGGGGCAGUUAUCGACAUUUGCCGUUGGAUCAACAGAACAAUGUGUCUUCUCUGCAGGUGGAGCACGCCUACGUCAACACACUGACAAGGGGAGACCUCAGCAGCUUGAGAUGGAUCGAAGGCCCUUUAACUUAUUAUCGAUCCGACAAUUCUCCCAAUACGGCACUUUGCAGCGUGUACUAUGCUCCACUGAAUUUCAGGGAUAUCAUGUUAGCAAGUGGCAAAUUACCACCAGAUGCCCUACCAGGGAAUAUGGCUACGGAAGAGUGUAUAUUGGGACUCGAAUUUUCCGGAAGAGACACUAACGGUCGACGGGUGAUGGGCAUAGUUGAAGCUAAAGGGUUGGCGACCACUGUGGUAACGGAUCUUGAUUUCCUUUGGGAAGUACCUGACAAAUGGACCUUGGAACAAGCGGCAACGAUACCUGUCGCUUACGCAACUAGUUACUACGCUCUGUUUGUACGGGGUCGAUUGAAAGCAGGCGAAAGCGUGUUAAUCCACGCUGGUACAGGCGGCGUUGGUCAAGCAGCGAUCGCCAUUGCUCUACAUGCUGGUUGUACCGUCUUCACUACCGUCGGCACGCUGGAAAAAAGAGAGUAUCUCAAGAAAAUUUUCCCGCAGUUGAACGACAGGCACAUCGGCAAUUCCCGAGAUACGAGUUUCGAACAGCUAAUACGUACUGAGACGCAGGGACGUGGAGUCGACGUUGUGCUGAACUCACUGGCAGAGGAGAAAUUGCAAGCCGGCAUUCGGUGCCUCGCGUACGGUGGCCGUUUCCUUGAGAUCGGCAAGUACGACUUGUCAAAUGACAGCCGCGUAGGAAUGUCAAUGUUUUUGAAGAAUACGUCUUUCCACGGUAUAUUGCUGGAUGCGUUAUUUGGAGAAGAUAACGUGGAAAAGAGGGAAAUGAUAAAACUCGUUUCGGAGGGAAUUAAGAAUGGCGCGGUACGUCCGCUCCAGUCGACCGUGUUUUCAGAGCAACAGCUCGAGCAAGCAUUCAGGUUCAUGGCGACGGGCAAGCACAUCGGCAAAGUGCUGCUGAAGAUUCGUGAUGAGGAACCGAAGAAGCGUGUAUUACCAACACCGAAGACAGUGGCUGCGAUCCCGCGUACUUACAUAAAUCCGGAGAAAUCGUAUGUACUGAUCGGCGGUCUCGGCGGAUUCGGUCUAGAACUGGCCAACUGGAUGGUCGCCCGUGGCGCCAAAUUCAUUAUUCUCGUGUCGCGCUCAGGCAUACGUAAUGGUUACCAGGCAUUGUGCGUGCGUCGCUGGCGCGAACGCGGCGUAAAAAUUGUCAUCUUCACAGCGGAUGUUACGACGUUAUCGGGUGCCCAACGCUUGAUCCAGGAAAGCAACCGAAUAGCUCCAGUAGGCGGUAUAUUUAAUCUGGCAGCCGUACUGCGUGACGCUCUGAUUGAAAACCUCGAAGAAGCCGAUUUUAAAACGGUUAUUUUACCAAAAGUCGAUGUUACAAGGAAUGUAGAUGUGGUAUCGAGAAAGCUCUGCCCAUCGCUAGAUUACUUUGUGGUGUUCUCGUCCGUAUCAUGCGGUCGCGGUAAUAUAGGUCAAACCAACUACGGUUUCGCGAAUUCUACCAUGGAGAGAAUAAUUGAAGAGAGGCAGGCUAAUGGCUUACCCGGUCUUGCCAUUCAAUGGGGUGCUGUCGGAGACGUUGGCCUAAUCAUGGAAAUGGGAGAUAAUGACACCGAGGUGGGUGGCACUCUACCACAACACAUGUCGAGUUGUCUCGCGACAAUGGAUAUAUUCCUUCAGCAACCGCACCCAGUGCUCGCAUCCACGGUGUUAGCUGAGAAACAUAAAACCGGCGACAGUAACAAGGCCGACCUCGCUGCAACCAUUGCCAAUAUUUUAGGCAUUAAAGAUGUUAAUACGAUUAAUCCCAACAAUAGCUUGGCCGAUUUGGGUAUGGAUUCGCUGAUGGGCACGGAAAUAAAACAGACCCUCGAAAGGAACUACGACAUCGUAUUGUCGGCUCAAGAGAUUCGUACCUUGACCUUCGCCAAACUGCAAGAAUUAUCUUCGACAGGUGAUGAGACAGCGAAAGAACAACAAUCUCUUGCUGCAAAUGCGACUGCUGCGGACUCGGACAUGUCGCCCAACAACAUGCUGCUGAUGCAGUGGCCGAGCAAUGAGUUGCUGCCUAAAGAGGCUCUUGUUCGCUUGAAAACAAAGAGUUCCAACGGACCGACGUUAUUCGUUGUUCAUGCUAUUGAAGGUCUUGUCAAACCGUUAGAGUAUGUGGCCAGUGAACUUGACAGGCCAUUUUGGGGCCUGCAGUGUAUUGAGCAGGCGCCUCACGAAACGAUAUCGGAGUUGGCUGAAUUUUAUCUGAAUACUAUUAGAAAAGUUCAGAAAAAGGGACCAUAUCACUUGGCAGCAUACUCGUUUGGAACUGCCGUCGCCAUCGAGAUGACUCUGCAAUUGGAAUCCGCUGGGGAAAAAGUGAUUCUGAGUCUAAUCGAUGGUUCACUGGAAUUCCUGCGACAGCAAUGUGCUGUGAUUGGCAAAGUAGAUGAAUUGAAAAAUAUUACUUCCGACAGUUGUAUGAAAGCACUGGCAUAUUUUAGCAUACAAUUUAACAAGAGCAUCAAUUUCAUUCAAGCGUACAAUGUUUUGAAACACAGUAAAUCAGAUGUGGAGAUGUUCGACAAGAUGAUAGAAGUGAUAGGUAAUACGCCGUUUACACAGGACGAUCUAAAGAUUGCCGGAUAUCUUUUAUUCAAAAAAUUAGCGGCUUGUGUAAUGUAUAAUCCAAAUCAAAAGAUUAAAGGACCGGUUACACUAAUUAAGGCUACAGAAAACUUCCUGCCUUUAGAAAAGGAUUAUGGUUUAUCAAAUAUUUGCACGCAACCCGUCAGAAUAGAAGAGGUACAUGGUAAUCACAGAACAAUAUUAUUGGGAGAAAGUGCAAAGAGGAUCGCCAGUCUCUUACAAGUGUAGAAAGCUUGCGAAAGAAUAUUCGUAUUUUAAGUUUUAUUAUAUUUGAGAGUAAUUACGCGGCACGCACACAUACAUACACGCACGCACGCGCGCGCACGCGCGCGCCGCAUUGCUGAUAAACUUAUUAUGUAUUUUUCAUAAUAUAGAAAAGUUGUAGAAACAUUGUACAUGUAAAUAUCUUAUUUCAAAAUCGCAAAUAUGAUAUAAUUAUACUGCUGCAGUUUAACUGAAAAA